CGCACACACGCGUAUUUCCUUUCUUUCUUUAAAACGUCCACGACACAUUUGAACUGACUGGACGCUAGCGGAGGGCAAAGUUCACACAGAGUCAAGAUGGCGGCUUCCUGUGAAAGUUUGUUGCCGCUGGUUCUGCUGUUGUGUCUGAGCGCGCAGGCUGUGGACCGCAGUAAUUUUAAAACAUGCGAACAAAGCGCCUUCUGCAAGCGUCAGAGGGAGCUGACGGCGGGUCGGUCUCCGUACAGAGCUCUGCUGGACACGCUGGAGCUGAGCGACUCCAGACUCACCCUGCAGCUCAUCAAUGACAACAACAAGGUUCGCUUGUUGCUUGAGCUGUACAGACUGCAGGGCAACAUGACUCGGGUGAAGAUUAAUGAACUCAAACCACUUAAGCCUCGUUACGAGGUUCCGGAUGUACUCAUCUCUGAUCCCAUUACUGAAAAGCUCUCAGUGGUGUCUCAGGAUGAGAAUAGUCUGGUGCUGUCUCUGGGUGGCAAAGAUCAGCGGCUCAUCAUAAGUGCUCAGCCAUUUCGGCUGGACAUCGUCGAGGGUCCUCAAGUGCUCAUGUCUCUCAACUCCCGUGGCCUGUUGGCCUUCGAGCACCUCCGAGCACGCAAGGACACCAGUAUCUCUCAUAAAAUAAGUAGCACAGUUGGUAGCAUGUGGGACUCGUUCAAGAGCAUGUUCUCUAGUAAAAGUGAGUCGGAGCAAGAGACAGAACAGGAGAAUGUUGAGCAGCAAACCGAUGAGGAUGGACAGAUAAAAGAAGAAGAGGAUAAACCGGGCAUGUGGGAGGAAACAUUUAAAUCUCAUGCUGAUUCAAAGCCCAAUGGCCCAUCGUCUAUUAGUUUGGAUUUUUCUCUACCUGGUGUGGAACACGUCUAUGGCAUUCCAGAACACGCAGACACACUCAAACUGAAAAACACUGAUGGAUCAGACCCGUAUCGGCUGUACAACUUGGAUGUUUUUCAGUAUGAGCUUCACAACCCAAUGGCCCUUUAUGGGGCAGUUCCUGUCCUCAUAUCUCAUAGCACUGACCGCACCAUGGGCAUCUUCUGGCUCAAUGCAGCAGAGACAUGGGUGGACAUCAGCUCAAAUACAGCAGGAAAGACAAUGUUUGGAAAAAUACUGGACUUCGUACAAGUUUCUAGUGAAGCUCCUCAGACGGAUGUACGCUGGAUAUCUGAGAGUGGUAUUAUUGAUGUCUUUAUCAUGCUGGGGCCAAAACCUGCGGAUGUCUUCACUCAGUAUGCCUCGCUUACAGGCACUCAGUCGUUUCCUCCUCUCUCUGCGCUGGCGUAUCAUCAAUGCCGCUGGAACUAUAAUGAUCAGGAGGAUGUAAAGACUGUCGACCAGGGCUUUGAUGAGCAUGACAUCCCAUAUGACUUCAUUUGGCUGGACAUUGAACAUGCAGAUGGAAAGCGCUACUUCACCUGGGAUCCCAGCAAGUUCCCCCAACCUAAAGAAAUGCUUCAGGGCUUGAUGGACAAAAGACGCAAAUUAGUGGCCAUUGUAGAUCCUCACAUCAGGGUGGACAGCGGCUACAAGAUUCACAAUGAGAUUCGCUCCAAAAACUUUUAUGUCAAAAACAAAGAUGGAGGAGACUAUGAAGGCUGGUGUUGGCCAGGUAAUGCGGGCUAUCCAGACUUCACUAACCCUGAGAUGAGAGCCUGGUGGGCCAGCCAGUUUGCAUAUGACCAGUAUGAGGGUUCCAUGGAGAAUCAGUACAUCUGGAAUGACAUGAACGAGCCGUCUGUGUUUAAUGGGCCGGAGGUCACCAUGCACAAAGAUGCACUUCAUGGUGUCUGGGAGCACAGAGAUGUCCACAACCUUUAUGGGCUCUAUGUGCAAAAGGCGACCGCCGACGGCCUGAUUCAGCGUUCAGAAGGAGUGCAGAGACCUUUCGUUCUGACCCGAGCAUUUUUUGCUGGAUCCCAGCGUUACGGUGCUGUAUGGACGGGAGAUAACGCUGCUGAAUGGGGUCAUCUGAAGAUCUCUAUCCCCAUGUGCUUGAGUCUGGGCUUAGUGGGCAUCUCUUUCUGUGGAGCUGAUGUUGGUGGUUUCUUUAAACAUCCCAGUGCUGAACUGUUGGUGCGAUGGUACCAGGCGGGAGCUUACCAGCCGUUUUUCCGUGCACAUGCGCACAUAGACACACCCCGCAGGGAACCCUGGCUGUUUGGACCCGACAACACCGCCCUCAUCCGGGAGGCGAUACGCCAGCGAUAUGCUCUCCUGCCUUACUGGUACCAGCUUUUCUACAACGCAAACCGCACCGGACAGCCUGUUAUGAGACCUUUAUGGGUAGAGUAUCCUGAUGAUGUCACCACUUUCUCAACUGAGGAUGAGUAUUUGAUUGGAAAGGAUUUGCUGGUACAUCCUGUCACUGAUGAGGGCGCUACUGGUGUUACAGCCUAUCUGCCUGGGAAAGACGAGGUCUGGUAUGAUGUUCACACUUUCCAGAAGCAUGAUGGAGAUCAGAGCCUCUACAUUCCUGUCACCAUGAGCUCUAUCCCAGUUUUCCAGCGAGGAGGGUCCAUUAUUUGCAGGAAAGACCGUGUUAGGAGAUCUUCAUCCUGUAUGGAGAAUGACCCAUACACUCUUUAUGUUGCGCUCAGUUCUCAGGGUUCUGCUGAAGGAGAGCUGUACAUCGAUGACUUCCAUACCUUCAGCUUUGAAGAAGCAAAGCAGUUUGUCCACAGACGUCUGUCUUUCUCUGCCAACACGCUGUCUUCCAGAAAUCUGGCCCCAGACUCCCAGUUUUCCACUGCCUCUUGGAUAGAAAGGAUUGUGAUCUUUGGAGGGAGUCAACCGUCCUCUGCCACACUGAAAAAUGCAGAUGGUACAGAGUCUGCUUUAGAGUUUGAGUUUGACUCUACACUUGCAGUUUUGACUCUACGUAAGCCAGGGGUCAACGCAGCAGCAGACUGGACCAUAGUCUUGCGGUAACACAAGGAUGACAUGCAAACAACAGAGAAAAGAUCAGCACUUAAUAUCACAUGACCAGACACAAACAAUACAACAUGAGAGACCAAACUGAGAAUGGGAACAUGCAUAGAAGAAUUGAGAAAUCAGAUGUUUUUAAGACAAUAUUUAUACAUGAAUGCAAACAAAUGUUGGCAAGCCAUCAGUGAAGUACAGAACCUGCAUAUUAAGAGAGGUGUUUGAUGAGAUUAAAGACACAUUUGACAUUCAUAUUAAAUUAAUAAUUGGUUGAAAGUUAGAACAAAAAUAUAGAUAGUGUUGAUUUAUAGACUAAAGUUUUUUUUUUCUUUUCUGUCUCAGGAAGUGUUUUGGUAUUAAAAAAUAAAUG